CAUCUUCUCUCUUCAAUAAGCGGUGAUAUGAACAAUCAACUGUAUACAUGAAAUGCAAAAAGAUAAGCUUUUUCAUAGCUUUACAACAGUUCCGAAUCUCUACCAACCAUGCUUAUUAUAAGUUCAAGAAUCAAAUAUCGGGUUUUUACUUAGCAAUCAUAAACCUUUAAUUUCCCCUUUUGCUCAAUUCACGGAUGAUUGCUGAUUAAUUGAUUGAUUGAGUCCAAAUAAUAACCAAGGUGGGUUUGUAAGCAUGUCGUCGUCUUCAUGGCUAACAUCCAUUGAAUGUUCACCUUAUGGAAUUUCCGACAGUCCCUUUUCAGUUACAGUUGCUCUUCAAUGGUUGAAAUUCAUUUUCAUAUCUCCAUGUUCUCAAAGGGUUAUAUUUUCCGCCAUUGAUGCUCUUUUCUUACUAACCAUUUUUCUAUUUACACUUCGAAAGCUCAGUUCUAGAUUCAUCUUCAAAACUAUUCCUACUUCACUAGACAGACCCUUGAUUGUUGAAUCAAGUAAGCCCCAAUUCAGGGUCACUACCCUGUUCAGCCUCUCAUUAGGCUUAACAGCUUUCUUAGCUAUAUAUUAUAUAGCACUUUCAGUUUUUGCCUUUCUUCAAGGUACCCAAUCACCAUGGAAGUUAACUGAAAUCGUUUUCUGGCUAAUUCAAGCGAUUACCCAACUGACUAUCUUUAUCUUGAUUGCACACGAGAAGAGAUUCAAGGCGAUUACUCAUCCUAUAUACCUUAGGGUUUAUUGGAUUGUUAAUCUUUUUCUAGUGGUUUUACUCGCAGCUUCAGCCAUUACAAGAUUUGUUGUUGUCUCAGUUGAUGCGAAUUGGUUUAUAGUGGAUGAUGUAACGUUCAUUGCUGUUCUUCCAAUAUCUGCUUUCUUAUUUUUCAUUGCUAUUAAAGGAUCAUCUGGUAUUGUCGCUCAAGAAACAGGAAUUAAUGCAACUGUUGAAUCUAAUUUGGAUUCUCAUGUGACUGGUUAUGCUUCGGCUUCUAUUGUUUCUAAAGCUACAUGGGCUUGGUUGAAUCCUUUGAUUAAGAAAGGGUAUAUAUCCCCUUUAAAGAUUGAUGAAGUUCCAUCACUUGCACCUGAACAUCAAGCUGAAAAAUUGGCUGAAUUGUUCGAAAUGAAUUGGCCUAAAACUGAAGAGAAUUGUAAGAACCCUGUUCGAACUACACUUAUUCGUUGUUUCUGGAAACAUGUCGUUUUAACGGGUUUUCUUGCUGUUGUGAAGUUAACUGUAGUCUUCGUUGGCCCGGUUUUACUUCAAGAUUUCGUUAAUUUUGCAUCAGGACAGAAAACGAAUCCUUAUGAAGGAUUAUAUCUAGCAGGAAUUCUUCUUAUCUCGAAAGUUAUCGAGGUUCUUACUUCACACCACUUCACUUUCCACUCUGUGAAACUUGGAAUGAUGAUAAGGAGCACUUUGAUCACUUCUUUAUAUCGAAAAGGUCUUAAAUUGACUUGUUCUUCUAGACAAGAUCACGGUGUUGGUCAGAUUGUGAACUACAUGGCUGUAGAUGCUCAACAGCUUGCGGAUUUAAUGGGGCAAUUGCAUACAUUAUGGCAAACACCUCUGCAGAUAUUGGUGGCUUUAUGUCUUCUCUAUUACUAUUUCGGAGCUUCCAUGUUAUCUGUUUUCCUCUUGACAAUCGCGGUUUUAGUUUUCGUCAUGAUCCGCACUCGUAACAUGAAUGCCUCAAUGUUUUCUUUAAUGAUGAACCGCGAUAAACGGUUGAAAGCAACUAACGAACUGCUUAACAACAUGCGGGUGAUCAAAUUCCAAGCUUGGGAGGAGCAUUUCCAAAAGAGGAUUCAAUCAAUUCGAGAAGCUGAAUUUGGUUGGCUUGGUAAGGUGACAUAUACUUUAACGAACAAUCUAGUCGUUUUAUGGAGUAUGCCUGCUUUCAUGGCAGCUACCCUUUUCGCGGUUUCGCUCUGGUUGGGUUACACUCUUGACCCUGGAACGGUUUUCACUGCUACUACGGUUAUCAAGAUGAUUCAGGAGCCUGUUCGAUCGUUUCCUCAAUCUCUCGUCUCGUUCUCGCAAGCAUUGAUCUCUUUGGGAAGAUUGGACACGUUUUUGACGAGUACUGAACUAAGCAGUUCAUCUGUCGAGCGAGAGGUUGGUUGUGAAGGUAGGAUUGCGGUUGAGGUGAAGAAUGGUAGUUUCAGUUGGGAUGAUGAAGGAGAUGAUUCGGCUUUAAAAGGAGUGAAUCUUGAAAUCAGAAAAGGAGAGCUUGCAGCUAUAGUUGGAACCGUUGGCUCUGGAAAGUCUUCACUUUUAGCUGCGGUUCUUGGCGAACUUCAUACGAAAUCGGGAAAGGUUAGAGUUUGUGGGACAACUGGUUAUGUUGCGCAAACAGCGUGGAUACAAAACGCGACUAUAGAAGAAAAUAUCUUGUUUGGAUCGCAAAUGGAUAGGAAUCGAUAUAAGGAGGUUUUAAGAGUUUGUUGCCUUGAGAAGGAUUUGGAGAUAAUGGAUCAUGGGGACAAGACUGAGAUUGGAGAACGAGGAAUCAACCUUAGUGGUGGCCAGAAACAGAGGAUUCAACUUGCUAGAGCCGUUUAUCAAGAUUGUGACGUUUAUUUACUCGACGAUAUAUUUAGUGCUGUGGAUGCCCAUACGGGGUCUGAAAUAUUCAAGGAAUGCGUUAGAGGUAUUCUUAAAGAAAAAACUAUUUUACUCGUAACGCACCAAGUUGAUUUCUUGCACAAUGCUGAUCGUAUAUUGGUUAUGCGAGACGGAAAAAUUGUGCAAACUGGAAAAUACGAGGAGCUUCUCGAAUCGGGAAUGGAUUUUGGUGCACUGGUAGCUGCCUAUGAAACCUCGAUGGAACUUGUGGGAAUGACAAGUAAAUUUGAAAUUGAAAGUCCAUCUGAAGUGGUACCAAAGUCACCUCAUAGCCCAUCUAUUAAAUCCGAAAUAAUGAAAGGAGAAAAUAGUCCCUUAGAAAGAACCAUAUCGGAAAAGGGAACUGCUAAGCUAAUUGAAGACGAGGAAAGAGAGGUUGGCCAUGUGCAUUCCGAUGUUUACAAGGACUAUUGUACCGAAGCCUAUGGAUGGUGUGGAUUAAUAGCGGUUGUAGUUAUAUCCCUUCUUUGGCAAGGAUCGUUUAUGGGAAACGACUAUUGGCUAGCCAACGAGACGAAAGCUAGCGCAGCGAAUUUCAAUCCGUCUCUGUUCAUCGGAGUCUAUACAGGAAUUGCAGUUGUCUCUUGCAUAUUGGUUAUGGUUCGAGGUUUUCUAGUGGCUUUUUUGGGUCUCAAAACAGCUCAGAAGUUCUUCGAUCAAAUUCUUCACAGUAUCGUACAUGCCCCCAUGUCAUUCUUCGAUACAACCCCGUCUGGUCGUAUUUUAAGUCGAGCAUCAAGUGAUCAAGGCAGUAUUGAUUUCAUAAUUCCAUUAUUCUUGAGCUUGGCACUUGUGAUGUACUUCAGCUUGUUAAGUAUCAUUGUCGUUACUUGUAUGAACGCCUGGCCAAUAACUGUUCUUGUCAUUCCGUUGAUUUGGUUGAAUAUUCGAUACAGAGGAUAUUAUAUAGCAACAUCGAGGGAGUUAUCGCGUAUUGAUUCAAUUACGAAAGCUCCGGUCAUCCAUCAUUUUUCGGAGACGAUUGCUGGCGUUAUGACAGUACGAUGUUUUAGGAAACAAAAAGAGUUCUUCAGUAAAAAUGUGGAGAGAGUCAAUGCAAACUUAAGAAUGGAUUUCCACAAUAAUGCUGCGAACGAAUGGUUUGGAUUUCGGAUGGAACUUAUUGGAGCGUGUUUCCUUUGCAUUGCUGCCUUGCUUAUGGUCACUUUGCCAAGCUCAUUUAUCCAGCCAGAAUACGUCGGCUUGGCCCUUUCCUACGGGCUUGCUUUGAACGGGGUGAUGUUUUUCGCCAUUUUCUCGACUUGUAGUGUGGAGAAAUACAUGGUUGCGGUAGAAAGAAUAAAACAGUUUAUAAGGAUCCCUUCAGAAGCAGAAUGGAGGAAAAACAAUGGCCUGCCUUCACCAAACUGGCCUACAAAAGGCAAUAUCGAGAUAAAGAACUUGAAGGUUAGAUAUCGCCCGAAUACUCCAUUAGUUUUGAAAGGAGUAAAUGUGAAAAUUGAAGGGGGAGAUAAAGUGGGAAUUGUUGGUCGGACUGGUAGUGGAAAAUCGACGUUAAUUCAGGUUUUCUUCAGGCUAGUUGAGCCGAGUAGUGGUACUAUUGUAAUUGAUGGAGUUGAUAUAUGCAAGUUGGGUCUUCAUGACCUUAGGUCUCGUUUCGGUAUCAUCCCUCAAGAUCCUGUUCUUUUUGAAGGAACUGUUAGAAGUAACAUUGACCCUCUCGGGCUCUAUUCAGAUACAGAAAUAUGGAAGAGUUUAGAACGAUGCCAACUGAAAGAGGUCGUUGUUGCAAAGCCCGAGAAGCUCGACUCUCCAGUGGCUGAUAGUGGAGAUAAUUGGAGUGUGGGACAAAGACAACUGUUAUGCAUGGGGAGAGUAAUGUUAAAGCAUACCAAAAUCCUCUUUCUCGACGAAGCAACUGCUUCUGUUGACUCGCAAACGGAUGGUAUCAUUCAAAAGAUCAUCCGAGAAGACUUUGCAUCUUGUACUAUAAUCAGCAUUGCUCAUAGAAUUCCCACCGUUAUGGACUGCGACAAAGUGCUUGUCAUGGACGCCGGUAUUUGAUUUGUCUUCUUUUGUUUGACUAAUUUUCACAAUGUUUUUCGAUUCUUAAAAUGAUUUUGUUUGUUUCGAUAAAACAGGCCUGCCUAAGGAAUACGACAGCCCUGCCAGACUGAUUGAGAGGCCGUCUCUGUUUGGGGCAUUGGUUCAAGAGUAUGGGAAUAGAUCAGGAAUGUGAGCAUGUCUCCUAAAGUUUUGUAAUUUUUAAAACUGAAUUUAGGAUUUAGGUGAGGUUUGAAAGUUGGAUAUCCAACAUGUCGAAUUCUUGUUUUAAAUGUACAAUUUCUUAUUGGUAAUUCAGUCAAAUAAUAAUUUGU